UUUAUGUAUUUAUGUUUGAUGAUCUUGUUACCAAUGGUAAUAAUUAAAUUAUAUUGACAGUGACAGAUGACAUAUCACUUGCAUACCUUUGACGACCAUGGCUUUGCCUUUGCUUUUCAGAUUUAAAAAAACUAUUUAGAUUUCAAAACAUAAACAUAACCUCAAAGCAGCAACAAACAUUGAAACAAAACAAAAUGUUUACUUAUGCUAUUAAAUAAAGUGUAUAUGUGAUUUAUUAAAUAAAUAUAAGAUAUUUUAAUAUAUUGAAUGUAAUAAUCGUUGUUAAAAUAUGUCUGACCAAGAAAUUGAAGUACCAACUACUUUUAAAAAGAGGAACCUAAAAAACAGAGGCGGUAGGAAACGAGCUGCUUCAAGUUCAGAUGAGAAGAAGAGUUCAGAUUCUGAUGAACAAACAGUUGUGUUACCAAGCAAAAGAGCACCCAAGCUUAACCCUAACAUACAAAGUACUGGUGAACGAAGACAAAAGGUUGUGCUUGCAAAUAGUGAUAGUAGUGAUGAAGAUGCACAUAAUUCGAAACAGCCAGCCAGCAAGACAACAUUAUCUCUAGAGCAACAGAGAGAGAAUGCAACAGCGACAUAUGAGUUGGACACUGAGAGAGAUAAAGAUGCACAGGCACUGUUUGAGAAGGCACAGAAGAUAAAUGAAGAGUUGCAAGGGCAGGCUGAUGAUAAGGUCUACCGGGGCAUGAACAAUUAUGCUCAGUACUAUAAGAAACGGGACACAGCGGCAGGGAACGCUAGUUCGGGAUUUGUACGGAAGGGGCCCAUCCGAGCACCUGCCAACCUGAGGGCUACGGUGCGUUGGGACUACCAGCCGGAUAUAUGUAAAGACUACAAAGAAACUGGCUUUUGUGGUUUCGGAGAUUCUUGCAAGUUUCUCCACGAUCGCUCGGACUACAAGCACGGCUGGCAGUUGGAGCGCGAGGAGACCCAAGCGAGUGCCGGCGGGGACUCCGACUACGAGAUCCAUAGCGACGAGGAACUGCCGUUCAAGUGCUUCAUUUGUAGGAAUAGCUUCGUGGACCCUGUUGUCACCAGAUGUAAACAUUACUUCUGCGAGAAAUGCGCUUUGGAGAAUUAUAAGAAGAGCACGCGGUGUUUCAUAUGUAACGCACAGACCAGCGGCGUGUUCAACCCGGCCAAUGAGAUCGCUGAGAAGAUGAAGAGGGCGGCUGAAGAUGAAGAUGAUAAUGAUGAUGACGAUUAAAUUAAUACCUAUUUCA